AUGGGGCAGAGCGAGGGGGAAACCCGGCCGGGGCGGCCCCCCGCCUGCGAAGCGGGGCAAAGUAAUAGUUCUGUCAUUCGAUCAAAUUCCCCAACAACGACAUCUCAGAUUAUGGCCAGAAAGAAAAGAAGAGGGAUUAUAGAGAAAAGGCGCCGUGAUCGUAUAAAUAACAGUUUAUCAGAGCUGAGGCGGCUUGUGCCAACUGCUUUUGAAAAACAAGGAUCUGCCAAAUUAGAAAAAGCGGAAAUACUGCAAAUGACAGUGGACCAUCUGAAGAUGCUGCAGGCGACGGGAGGUAAAGGUUAUUUUGACGCUCAUUCCCUGGCCAUGGAUUUCAUGAGCAUUGGCUUCCGGGAGUGCUUGACAGAAGUCGCGAGGUACCUGACUUCGGUGGAAGGUCUCGACACAUCUGACCCCCUGCGCGUUAGACUCGUGUCUCACCUGAGCACCUGUGCCUCUCAGAGGGAAGCCGCCGCCAUGACCUCCUCCAUGGCCCACCCCCCCCCCCCCCCCUCCCCCGGCCCCUCCCCCAUGCUCCCCCCCGGCGCGGCCGCCGCCGUGGCUGCGGCGACAGCCAUCACCCCUCCGUUGGCUGUAUCAGCCACCGCCAGCCCUCAGCAGGCUGGCAGCGGGGGCAGCACUAAACCAUACCGACCUUGGGGGACGGAAGUUGGAGCCUUUUAAGUCCCCCCUCU